AUGAAGACCAUGAAGAUCCUGAGCGGUGUUCUGAUACUCUCCCUGAUGUUGGCCGAGACCACGUUGGGCGACAUUCAGAAGAGAGUGGUCGGGGGAAACACGUGCAGUCCCACUGAAAGGCGAUACCAUGUCCGUUUGACAGCUAAAACUCCAACGAACGGAUUGGAAAAGCUCUGUGGCAGCUCUCUGAUCACCAACAGGUGGCUUCUAACCGCCGCUCGCUGUUGGCCUGCUGGACCAGAAUGGAAGAUGUAUGCAGAAGUAGGUGGACAUCCCGGCCCUGUGAAACCUCAAGUAGAAAUCAAACAGAAGAUGAUACAUACAGAUAAGAAAGGAAAAACCCAUGACAUCAUGCUACUGCAGUUACCAACUCCUGUUCCGGGAGCUAUUCCAGGUCCUGGGGUUGAUCCAAUCCCUCUUGGUGAUUGUACACAAUUUUUGGCCAAACUUCGGGGGAAGACAUCUAAACCAGAAGAGUUCCAAACAGUUCAGAUUGCAGGCUAUGAUGCCACUACACCUGCUGCUCCUGACGCUGGGGUACCUGAUGCUGAGGACCCUGCUGCUGAGGCACCUGAUGCUGCCACCACCAGAGUCCUACAUUGUGCAGAGGUGGAUGUUAUGAAAUGUGACGCCUCCGUGGCAAAGUCCCAUCAAGACAUCUUCUGUGCACAACGUGCCGGAGUGGAGACCUGUAGAAGUGACUCUGGAGCAGGUGUGGUGUAUAAGAACCAGCUCUAUGGUGUCUUCAUCGCUGAGGACAAUGGUGAAGAAUGUUCUGCAGCGGCAAUCAUCAUGGAUGUCUGCAAGUACAAAGAUUGGAUAAAGAAGGUAACUGGAAAAUAA